UCAACUUAUAAUUUCCAGUUUAUAUAUAAUCCUUAUAUCAAAAUUCAAACAUAUAUUCAUCAUUACCAAAUAUAUUAAGUAGUACAAAACUUUUUAUAAGUUCAUAGCCAUGCAAGCAGCCAAUGAGAUUACAGACUUUCACUACUUGGUUCCUUCAAACCCAAACCCAAUCCUUAAUGCAGCACAUUUAGCCAUGAACCUAAACACUUCACCGUCGAUCCAGGUCGAUGUAAACGCUCUCUCGAACCCAUAUAACCAGCUUAAUAUGAACCCGAACGUCGUUCAGGAUUUUAACUUGCAAUCUAUAUACUUUGGAAACAACUCAACUUCUGAUGAAGCGGAUGAGCAACAAAUGAGUCUUAUCAACGAGAGGAAGCAAAGGAGGAUGAUUUCUAACAGAGAGUCAGCACGUAGAUCACGUAUGCGUAAACAGAAGCAUUUAGACGAGCUAUGGUCGCAGGUUAUUUGGCUUCGUAAUGAAAAUCAUCAACUUAUUAAUAAACUGAAUGGUUUUUCGGAGACUCAUGAUAGAGUGGUUCAAGAGAAUACUCAGCUUAAGGAGGAAGUUUCUGAAUUACGAAAAAUGGUGACUGAUAUGCAGCUUAAUGGGACUUAUUCUAGUUUAAGAGAUCUUGAUGAUGAUAUCAACUGCAAUGAUCAUGCUUAUAAUAACUUAAGAACCGAAUCUUCAAACCAGUCCAAUUCAAGCUCCUCAGACUUGCUUUGAUCAUUAACCAGACUCAAAACAAAUUUGUUUUCUUUAAUUUCCACUUUUUAUUUAUUAUCUAAGUCGAUUACUGCGUAUUAUGUUAGCAGUAAAAGCUCGGAGGCCGAUGUAGCAAAAUAUAUAGUAGCUUAAUUAUUAUGAUACAGUAGUACAUUUCAAUAAUGAAAACUUCUUGCCAGUUUAAACCA